AUGCAAAGUCAAUGUUAAAUAUUUAUCUAGUCAAAAUGUACAGUGUCAUAUGCUAGCAUUUAUUCUGUAUUCAGAGACACUGACAAAUCUUUCUCUUGCCUACUCCCUCUCUCAUGCACACAUCCCAAGUACUCCUAUGUAACCUAAAAAUUUUUUUUGUUGUUCUGGAGCUGAGAUGGUGUGAACAGAGUCUUCAGGCAGCAGAGGGUUGGCGCAAGGGGCUCCAGGGUUUUGGGCAGGACCAAGUGAUCUCUUGGACAGGCCUGUGAGCUGCCCGCAUGGAUGGCCACAACUUCCAGCACCGGAAGUGUGUUGCCAUGCACUACCAGAUGAGCGUGACCCUCAAGGAUGAAAUCAAGAAGCUGAUCUACAUGCAUCUGGUCAUAUGGCUGCUGCUGGUUGCCAAGAUGAGUGUGGGACACCUGAGGCUCUUGUCGCAUGAUCAGGUUGGCCAUGCCCUGUCAGUGGGAGUACCAUGCUUGCUGAGCAUUGUGCCUUCUCUCUUGGGCCUCCUCUCCUUCCCCCGCAACAACAUCAGCUACCUGGUGCUCUCCAUGAUCAGCAUGGGGCCCUUUUCCAUCGCUCCCCUCAUUUAUGGCAGCAUGGAGAUGUUCCCUGCUGUACAGCAGCUCUACUGCCAUGGCAAGGCCUACCACUUCCUCUUUGGUUUUUCUGCUGUGUCUCUCAUGUACCUGGCAUUGGAGCUGGCAGUUGAAGUGCAUGCCUAUCAGUUAUGCUACAGUAAGAAGCUCCUAGACCCUUGGUUUAUCAGCACACAGGAGAAGGAGCAUAAAUGAAGCCUGCCUGAUGGACUGAUCUCUGGGG